CACAUGUUGUACAACGACCGAUCGCGUCGCAAAGUGAGACAAGUUACGUUGAUAUUCCAAAAGAAGCAAUAACAACAACAUACGUGAAAAGGGAAUAAAAGCAAAACAAUAACCAUAAACAAAACUGAUACAAAAACCAAAUAAAACAUACAAAAUAUUUAUAGCCAACGAAUUGUAGAGAUUUGAAAAUUUUAAAAUAAAUAUAGACAUGCAAACAUGGUUACGCAUAUCCCUUUUGCUGUGUACUUUUGGUUUCUUUCGCGAAAUGCGUCCUUCCGAACCAUUUGUUGUCGAAUAUUUAACCGGACCGGAUCGUAAUAUUACAAGUGAAGAGCUAAAUCGAGAAAUAUAUCCUUUUGGCACAUAUUCGGUGCUGGUUCAAUUGAUUUUAGUAUUUUUGGUUACCGAUAUACUACGUUAUAAACCCAUCAUUAUACUAUCGGCUUGUGCUGGCAUAGUACUCUUUGCAAUUUUGUUGUGGACUCAUACGGUAUGGGAGCUAAUCAUUGGUCAAAUAUUCUAUGGUACUUUUAUGGCUAGUGAGGUAGCCUACUACACGUAUAUCUAUGCCAAGGUGGAAAAAUCACGUUAUCAAAUUGUUUCGGGUCAUACACGUUCGGCAAUAUUGUGUGGCAAAUUUUUGGGUGGUGUUUUUGCUCAGGUCUUGGUGUCAACGGAGAGCUUAGAUUAUCGUGGUUUGCAUUAUAUAUCAUUUGCUUCACAAAUCGUUUCAUUGAUGAUUGCACUUGCAUUGCCGCCCGUUCAGCAAAGCAUUUAUUUCUAUAAAGCUGAAGACAAUCUUGCAGAAGGUAGAGUUGAUAAUGUUCCGCCAUCCUUGCCUUUGGAAAAUGGCAACUCCGAAUUAGCAUUAGAAAGAAAAGCAUCUUCUACAACCGAAACACCAACUACAAUAGUUAGGCCUAAGUUUUCGUGGAGAAAUGCUUCCAGUUUACUACUACAGCACACUAUCAGUGCGUAUUCCAAUCGUACUGUUCUAAAAUGGAGUAUUUGGUGGUCUUUAGCAACAUGUGGCCAACUACAAGUUAUUUCCUAUGCACAAAUCCUAUGGAAAGAAAUCGAUGAAAAUAAUGAAAGUUUUUACAAUGGCGGCGUAGAGGCUACUGUAACUCUUCUGGGAGCUGCAGCAGCAAUGGCAGCUGGUCUAAUGAAUGGUGUGCGACACACAAAAUGGCAUAUGUGGAUUUUAACAAUAUGCUCCAUACUAAUGGGUGCUUUCCUCAUAAUAUCAGCCGUAACGAAUCUCCUUUGGGUAGCCUACGUUAUGUAUGUUAUAUUUGGUGUCUUUUAUUUUUUUGUUAUAACAAUAGCCAGUGCCAUAGUGGCACAAAAUUUAAGUGAUGAUAGUUUUGGUUUAAUAUUUGGCAUAAACACAUUAGUAGCACUGGUACUGCAGACUAUUCUAACUUUGGUUGUAGUCACCGAGUCAGUGGGAUUCGGCCUGGAUCCCAGAAACCAAUAUAUUGUUUAUGGAUCUUAUUUUGUAGCAUUGGCUGUUAUCUAUGCAUUAGCAGUAGUUGUAGGGCUAAUUGUUAAAUGUUGUAGGAAAUCAAAUGAAAUGAGUAUUAAUUCAACAGAAUAAAUUGUGCCAUACCCAUACAUACAACAAAUGUUUAUAAAUAAUUUAUUGUAAUUUCAGGGACUUUACGUUUAUUUUUUGUACUUAAUGAUUUAUAUACACAAUUUUUGAAUAAAUUAAUUAAAACAUGUUUUUUCUUUAA